AUGGAGGACUACGAAACGUCCGACCACUUCACGAGGCGCAACAAGAUGUCAAAAGACAUCGGGCGUGGAGUUUCGUUGUCGGCAGAGGCUCGCGCCGCGCUGCCAUCGUUGGACAACUUCAUGUCGCACCAGAACCCUACCAGCGGGGAGUUUUCGCUUGACCUCGCCUUGGAGAAGUGCUUGGACCUCACCUUCCCGCAAAAGGCGCGAAAGUUGUUUUUGGAUAAGACGAACGCCUACGUCAAGCACUGCACCACGGCGCCGCCGCCCGGGGAGGAGGACAAGCGGAAGCCACACCAGAUGAAGAAGUCCGCCACGCUCGGUCGCGUCACGCUCGGGGAGCGGUCCGAGGAGCGCAACACCUACGGCAUGUUCGAGGAGCAGCACAUGGACGGCAUGAUCGGCAUUUUCAUCACCAUGGGCCUCACGAAGAAAGUCCGAAUGCGAAAGCACUGGAGCCGGUCCGCCCACGACAACUACCCGCUGGUCCAGAAGAGCAUGCCGCGCGACGUGUUCGAGCUCUUGUACUGCCGCUUCCUUCACUGCUCCGACCCCAACGCUCCGAAGCGACUGCUACCCGCUGGCGAAGAAAACCCAGACUACGACUCCAAGGAGCUAGAAGAGAUGCUCAACACUGCAUGGGCGACGAACGUCGAGUGUGACAAUUGGUUGUCGUACGACGAGCAAAUGAUCAAGACUGUUUCGAAGUACUCGAGCAAGGUUUCUUUCUACUGCCCGGCGAAGCCCAUCAAGCACGGCAUGAAACUACUAGCGGCGUGCGAUAUCACGGGCUACUGCUUAACCAGCAGCGUGGAUGGCGGCAUGAAAGGUGACCCCAAGCUUCGCCCUUACAUGGACUGCCCGCUCGACCGGACUACUCGCCACGUUCUUCACGUUCUGUUGGGGGAGUGCGGCGUGUUGAGGCAGAAGAUCGAUGGCUCGGGGGUAUUCAUCGCCAUGGACAACUACUUCACCUCCCCCACUCUGUUAGAGUGCCUCGCCUCCCACGACAUCUUCGCUGUAGGUACCUGCCGCGCCGAUCUGACUGCCGGCGCUGAUACGUACCUCGAGAGCCUCGGGCGUACCAUUCCUAAUCGCGGCGACAUGAACUUCUGCCGUUCGGGGCAAGUGGCGUGCGUGCAGUGGGCUGACUNCUGA